UACAUACAUAUAAUUAUAUUCGUUCUGUAUCUCAUUUCGCGUGACACGUACUAGUAGUGAGAUUCAAACCAAUGUUUCGAAUUUAUCCCGAAUUCGCGCGACUUUACAAUACACUGACAAACCUCUCGCGGACGUAUCGGUCGCUCUGUGUGAGUAGAUUAUAACGUGACGCGAUCAACACGCAUAUAUGCGAGUAUAGAAGCUUGUGGCGAAUUUCAACGGAAUAAUAACGCAUAAAUACGCAUAAGCGUUUUCCUGUCGUGUUCUUCCUGCUCAAAGUGUCGCGCGUCACGAGCCGCGCCGAGUCGUCCACCACGAGUCGUAAUCGCGAGAGCCGGACGAGAUAGAGGCGCAUUGGCCAUCUUGGAAGACAUGUCGCUUUGGAAUAAACGUCAACGGCACGGAGUGUUUACCGUAUACACAUCAUAAAUGUUGGCGGCAACUCGUUGUAAUAAUAACAACGUUUGCGGUUGAUUGCCGAACGGCGACGGCGACGGCGACGACGACGACGACGACGACGACGACGACGACGACGACGACGUCGACGACGACGAGGAGCAUCACGUCGCAUCACGGCGGUGGUGACACGGUGGCGUAUCUGGCGACACGCGGACGUACUUCCAAGCGGCCCGUCCUAGUACCUGCAUCACACGAUGAAUCGCGGUGACGGGCUGGUGCAGCGACGACGCGUGGUCAACAGCAGCAGCGGCGGGAGCGCCGGUGGUGGUGGCAGCGGACUCGGCCAGGACAGCGGAAACACGGACCUCAUCGGUCACAACGACAAACUGUCCGGUCAGAGCCCGGACUCAGAUUACUCGUCCCAAAAGGAUCUCAAUUGCAAUCCCACUGUCGACGAGGACUCGGACAAGGAGACGCGUCUGACCCUUAUGGAGGAGGUUCUGCUGCUGGGUCUGAAGGACAAAGAGGGAUACACUUCCUUCUGGAAUGAUUGCAUAAGUUCUGGAUUGAGAGGAUGUAUCUUGGCGGAACUUGGCUUUCGAGGUAGAGUGGAAUUGGAGAAAGCUGGUAUGCGUAAGAAGAGUUUAUUAGCGAGAAAACUUCUCUUGAAAAAUGAUGCACCUACGGGAGAUGUAUUGUUAGACGAGGCCCUGAAACACUUGAGAGACACAGAUCCACCUGAGACUGUGCCAAGCUGGAUAGAAUAUCUUAGCGGAGAAACAUGGAAUCCUUUAAAAUUAAGAUAUCAAUUGAAAAACGUCAGAGAACGAUUAGCGAAAAAUCUUGUUGAAAAAGGUGUCUUAACUACAGAGAAACAGAAUUUCUUACUGUUUGAUAUGACAACUCAUCCUCUUACCGAUAAUCUUGCCAAAAGUCGUCUCGUAAAAAAGAUCCAAGAGGCUGUGUUAGGUCGUUGGGUGAAUGAUGCCGCUCGUAUGGAUAGACGAACGUUAGCAUUAGUUAUUUUAGCUCAUGCAGCUGAUGUAUUAGAAAAUGCAUUUGCGCCAUUGUCGGACGAUGAUUACGAAGUAGCGAUGCGAAGAGUACGGACGUUAUUAGACCUCGAUUUUGAAGCGGAAGCCACUAAACGUAAUGCGAAUCCAGUACUUUGGGCUGUAUUUGCUGCAUUCACUAAGUAACAUUUAUCUCGUAAAUUAUAUGAAAUAAAUAUCGAAUAUUAGUGUGAAUAAUACGAUUACAAAUUUUGCAUGUCUUUUAGUUGUAAUACAAAAAAAAAAAAGAAUCAUU